UCUUGAGCACUACUUUUGCUCUCUCUAUCGAUCGAUUUUCCCCCAUUCAUCUUCUACAUCCUGCUGCUACCAAACAGUUAAUUGGCUGUGUAAAUGGAAAUCAUCGGCUCACGCAGAAAAUCCUUUCUAUCUCCAGCAGGCCACGCCGCUCCGACUAUCCCGAUAUACCGCUCGGCGCCGGAGCUCGAAGUCCGGCUCGAGGAUUUUGAGCUGUAUGCUGUCCACCGCCUUCGAGUUCUCAAAGGAAUUUCAGAUGCACUAUCCCGUGGGAAGAAGCCAAAUGAGAUGGAAAAUGUGGUAAAGGAAUUAUUGAAGGUGCACAUGAGUCACCCAGAAGCAUCUCAAGUUAUGAACAAGGACAUCAUUUCCCACUUUGUUCUACGCCUUGUCUACUGCAGAGAGGAGGAAUUAAGGAAAUGGUUCCUUUCAAUGGAGACAACACUGUUUCGUUAUCGGUUUCUACUUGAAACUUCUGAGGCUCAGAUAGCAUUGAUGGCAGAGUUUGACCUGCCCUACAAAAUUAUAACCAAUGCAGAAUACGAGAAUGUUAAAGACAAAUUGAACAAAGUGGCACGCUCAAUGAAUUCCAGUGUUGAUACCAUAUAUUACAAGGCGCCAUUUGAAAAAGUUCCUGACCUUGUAGCAAGACGAGAAGUAUUUAUCAUGAAGGGGUAUGCUUAUGUUGCUAGGACUCAGGUGGUUUCCCUCAUUAUGACACAUUAUCGCAGCCAUCUUUCUAAAGCACUCAUACUAACCAACAGAAAAUGGACGUCUAUGAUCAGAGAGCAAGAGAAGGACCGCCUGACUCCUAUUGUCGAAGCCCUAUCCACAAGUUAUUUAGGUCCUGAUUAUAGCCAGCCAAAAGAUUUUGGAGAGAUAUCUCUUAGAGACAUUGAUCAAAUCGCCAGAAGUUCAUUUCCUCUCUGCAUGCGUUAUUUAUUUGAAAAGCUUAAGGAGGAUCAUCACUUGAAGCAUGGAGGGCGUAUGCAAUUGGGUCUUUUUCUCAAGGGUGUUGGACUCAAGCUGGAUGAUGCCCUUGCAUUUUGGAAAUCAGAAUUUUCCAAAAAGGUUGGUGCUGAAAGAUUUGACAAGGAAUAUGCAUACGGAAUACGACACAAUUAUGGAAAAGAAGGGAAGAGGACGGAUUACACACCCUAUUCAUGCCAAAAGAUAAUAUCAUCAACACCAGGUGUAGGGGAUCAUCAUGGGUGCCCUUAUCGUCAUUUAAGGGAGGAGAAUUUGAGAGCAGCACUUAAUAAUAUGGGAGUAGCUAACAGGGCACUUGAGGAUGUGAUGGAUAAAGUGCGGAAUAAACAUUAUCAGUUGGCAUGUACCUUAACAUUUGAAGCUGUGCAUGGAGCAUCUUGUGAUCAGGGAAUCAAUCAUCCAAAUCAGUACUACAGCGACAGCAAAACAAUUUUGGAAUCCAGGAAUAAUUCAAAAGGGACUUAGAUUGGAAGUCUCGGCAUCCAAAAAUUUCCCUUUUUUACGUGCGUGAGAUAUGUCGUGGUGCAAUACGAACACCGCUCCUGAUUACCCCAAGUUGCUUUCACUUUCCAUGAAUUUGUAAGUUGUAAAUCAGUUUGUGUAGGAUUUGAAGCAUCUUAUGAUUCUUGUCUCUGUAUUGUUUAGAUCAUGACUAAGACUUUAGCAUUUCACAACAUAACAUUUAAAAGAAGAGGUUUUAUUUAUUGGGUAGAAGUAACAAGAAAUUCUUCUUUUCAA